CAUGUGUAACCUUGGAAACAAGGAAGAGAUGGAAGCAGCAGCGGCAGCGCUGGCAGCGAAACCGGUCAUCAGGGUUGCAGCCAUCUGCGGCUCUGUCCGCAAAGCUUCCUUCAACCGCGGCCUCAUUCGCUGUGCCAUUGAGCUCUGCAAUGAAUCUAUUCCUGGAAUGGAGAUAGAGCAUGUGGAUAUUGAGCUCCUUCCCUUCUGCAACCCCGACCUCGAGAUUGAUGGCAAGUGUCCUCCACUUGUCGAGGCUUUCCGACAGAAGAUCCUUGAAGCAGACAGCAUCCUCUUUGCUUCACCAGAGUACAACUACUCCAUCCCAGCUCCUCUGAAGAAUGCUAUGGACUGGGCCUCUAGACCCCCAAAUGUUUGGGCGGACAAGCCUGCCGCUGUAGUAAGUGCUGCAGGAGGCUCUGGAGGAAGUCGCGCACAGUACCAUCUGCGUCAAGUUGGGGUCUUUCUCGAUCUUCAUUUCAUCAACAAGCCUGAAUUAUUCAUUAAAGCAUUUGAGCCUCCAAUGAAGUUUGACAGCGAUGGGAAUUUGAUAGAUCCUGAAAAAAAGGAACAGCUAAAACGUGUCCUCUUGUCAUUACAGGCAUUUACCCAUAGGCUGUCUCACAGAUCCUAAGUUAGAACUUUGUUGCACAUCAAAAUAUUCUAAAUUAGUCUUCUCUGUUAUAUUUUAUGUGACCAUUUUUGUUUGACCUUUUGUGCUUACUGCUAGCAUCAUCCUAGUCAGAUAUGUCUCAGUGAGGAAAAUAUCAGUACAGGUUUGUUAGCUGUCAAAUAUUUGUCCUUUUUCAUUGAUUUUUUGGAGAAAUCUCUCAUGGAAUAAUUCAGAUUGGUAUUUGAACUAUACUU